UUUCCUUUCCAACAAUCCCAUUACUUCUUGCCUUUUGGCCCGUCGGUCUUGUUUGAGUUUUAUUUAUUUGUUAACGUAAUAGGACGUCUUCUAUCCCGUCAAAAUGGUGAGUUUUAUCCUAAUUUAUCUAAUUAAUCUCGUAAUGAAAAGUACAAUUUCUUACAAUAUCGUAUAAUUCUAUGUAUGUUAUGUCCGUAAUACCUUAGGAUUUUAUACUUGGUCGGCUUGUAUUUAUUAUUGAGUAAUCAAAACAUUCGUAAAUUUAAUGUUUAUGAUUGUUAAUUCUUCUUCGCCGUCAUUCUAAUUAAUUUUUAUUAAUUUUAUUAAUUGUUUAUUUUAUUUUUUUUAGGCCAAACGCACCAAGAAGGUAGGAAUCGUAGGUAAAUAUGGUACCCGAUAUGGUGCCUCCCUACGUAAGAUGGUCAAAAAAAUUGAAAUCACCCAGCACAGUAAAUAUACCUGCUCUUUCUGCGGCAAAGUAAGACCAUUUUAUUAUUAAUUUAAUACACUGACAAUGUUAAAAUUUUUUGAUCAAAAAUCUCUAUAAUUUGUCACUUUUUGUGUUUGGCAAAUAUUUUAAAAUUUGUUGACUAAAGUAAAUUACCACAUUCAUAUUGGUAGCUGUGUUUCCAUGAAAAUAUAUAAUAUUUUAUACCUUUAUGGAAAUAGUGAUCAGCAUUUUUAAAGUAUUUUUAAUCUUAUCUUUCAAGGGUUUAUUUCUAAUGAUUUACAAUGAUUAGGUAUUCAUAUUUAUUUGGUCAGAGGUGUUUUUUCCUCAUUACUAUUAUAAAUAUUUUGUCAAAUUAAUAUUUACCUAUAUUAUUUUUUUGUUUUCUAACAAGACUCGUAAGUUUAGUUUAGUGUUUUUAGUUUUCUGCAAAAACAGAUUCAAUUUUAUUAACCAUAUAUUUUAAUGUUUAUUUAUCUACUCUGGUUAUCUCGUAGGUAGAGCUCAUAAUUUCAUGCACUAAAUAACACACAUAUAAGCAAUAAGUAUAUAUUUGUAUACAAAUGCAUCUAAUCUAACCCUAAAUCCACUUAUUAUCACAUUAAACUAUCUUUUGAGAUUUGUUCUUUGUAAAUCUUAUGAUUUCUAUGUUGUUGAUCCUUACAAAAGUCUCAAUGUAAAAAAAAUGUAAAUGGAUUAUAUUUAUUGAAUGUACUAAGCUACAUUUAUGACUUAAACUUAAAAAAAUUAUUCACCACCUCAUACUUAUUAUACACACCAUAAACAAAGAGUUGAUCUGAAUAUGCCAAUAACACAUAAAGAAUUUGGUAAGAAAUCUGUUGUUAAUGUCAGUAUUUCUCUAUGUUUAGAACUUAAUAUCAAUUUGUUAUUAUUCUACAGCAAGUAUCAUUUUAAAAAAAUAUUUAAAUGUGUUAAAAUGAUCAAAUUGGUCUGUAAAUUUUAUUCCGAUAUUUAUUUUAAAUGUAUAUAUUUAAAAUAUGCUUUGUUUAUUAUUUUUUAUUGUUUUCUCUUUUUUUAUUUUCUACCUCUUACUAUUUUUCUUUGAGAUAAAAUUGUAAUUAAUUUUGUUACCGAACAGCUAUACCCGCCAUAAGCUACACCUUUAGGGCAACAUCUAAUAUUUAAAAUUUAAAUUUAUGUUAGGUAUGCUUUUCAAAAACUUUUUUUACAAUAAAUAUUGUUUAUGUACUAAAAACUGGCAAAAUAUGCUUUUAAAGUUCGGAAAUAUUCAAUUAGAUAUAUGCUUUACAUUUCUAAAAAUAUGAGAAAUAAAAAUCUUUUUCUUAAACAAAUUCAGGUUACUGAAAAAUUAAUUUUAGUUUUAUUUUAUUGAUUUUAAUUUGUAUAAAUUAUAAUUAUUUCACUUUUUAUAUAAUUAUUUCACAGUCUUCUCAUAUUAUUACUAAUUUGGCCUUUUUUUGAACCCCCCCUUAUCCUUCUUCACAUAAUGAUUUAGAUUACGAUAGGGUGGGAAGCAUUGCACUCGUAUACAAGUUUGUUAAAAUGAAAAUAAAUUUUAUAGGAUUGAUAGCAAUAUCUGUGCAGUUAGUGGUAGCCACAAUAUUGAUUUUGUGCUAGGUAUUGCCGUAAAACGUAUUAAAUCCAUACAAGCUUAUAGAAAUAAAAAUAAAUUGUAAUAAAUAAUAUUUUCGAUUUUUAAAUCAUGUUCAGGAAAAUAAAUAAGAAUUAAUAAUAAUUUUGUCAAUAUAUAUAAAAUAUAUGGGCUAUUAAUUCCAAAAAGUCUAUUGUAUUGAAAUGGAUUUGUAUCUUAGUAUGUUUUCCUAUCUGGUAAGAAAAAGUAUGAACUUAUGAGUUCUAAUUAUAACCUACUGUUUAUUUUUAAGAAAUUCAUAUUAUAAAUACUUAAUUUUUUUGUAAACUUAUUUUUAGGAAUCCAUGAAGAGGGCUUGUGUAGGAAUCUGGUCUUGCAAACGUUGCAGGCGAACCGUUGCUGGUGGAGCAUAUGUUUUUUCCACAACAGCUGCAACUACAGUAAGAUCCGCAAUCAGACGUUUGAGAGAAGUUAACGAUUUGUAAUUUCUGACAUUUGGUUAUUUUCUAAUAUAAGGACAUUUGAAAAAAAAAGUGUUAUAUUUGUUUAAUUUAACUUUUUUAAUCCUUUAAUUAAUUAUUAAAUUAACAAAUACUUAUCAAGUAAUAAAGUAAUAAUUAAUGGUUACAUAUUUUAUGGCACACAUCAAAAUUCCAUAGAUUACUUAGUUUGAAUUAAAUUACAUGUGAUUACUAUUUAUGUUGUUUGCAAAAAAAACCCUUUAAAUUCUAUUAUUUGUAAUGGAAGUUGGUACCUGUCAAAGAAAUCCUAAUGAUAUGCAGCAACUAAACUUUUUUUUUUGAUGUUUAAAUGAGUAUAUUUAGGUGUUUUUAAUUAAUAUGUAAAUUGAUUAAAAUUAUAUAAAAAUGAAAAAUUAAAUAUUCACAGAUUAUGGUGGUGAUAAGUUGAUUUACGAAGAAAACAUUAAAGUUUAUAAAACAAUAAUUAAAUCAAACAAUAAUCAUAAAUAUAGAUAAAAGUAUGAUGAAAAAUAUGGUUGAUCAAGAUAAUUUGAAGUUAUUAUGUAAUGAUUUUACAAAGAACAGUUAAUUUAUCUAGGUAAUGCUUAUAGUUAUUUAUUUUAUUUGAACGCACGGAUGGUGUCAAAUGAGUAAUUAUAAUAUUAUUAUACAUCUUGAUUCUCUGUGCAUAUAAAAGUAAAAUGUAGGCAAUAUUAUUUAGAAAUACAUUUGCAAUAACCAAAUAAGAAUUAAGUGGAAUAAACACGUUAUUAUUGGUUAAAAAUUAAAAGCUAGUUGUACAUAUAAAUAUGCAUUUGCUCAUAUACAUUUUAAAAUCCCUUUUUACAUAAGAAUAAAUGUGUAUUGGAUUUAAUUUGAUGACUAGCUGUUUC